CCUCUUUUUCAUAUAUAGUCAGUCACUCGAGACGGGACCGGCUAAUUCCUUCGCCAAGGGAAAGGGAAAGGAAAAGGAAAAGGAAAAGGAAAAUUUUCUGAGGAUUUGAUUAAUGGCAGAGGAAGAAAGAGGAGCAGAAGCAAAGAAAGGGAAGAAGGAGAAGGAGGAGGUGAUGGAAGGAGUGGCAUCAAUAGCACUGUUGCCAUGUGGCUCCAUCUCUGGUCAUUUCAUCCAACUUCCCCAUUCUAUCUGCUAUGGCCUUCAUGGCACUGAGUUGGCGUGUGAAAGAGAGUGCAGCAGGGGUGAGGAUUACCGCUUGAUCAAGCUCACAAUCAUAGACUACAAUAGAAAGAAAGAACAAAAUGUUGUUGUGGAGUGUAGAGGUCACGAUGCUGCCCGCUUCCACAGCAUUGAUCAAGUUCAUGGGUGGGAGAAGGAUGUUGUGAGUAUGGUUGAACAAAAGGAUGGAAAGAACAAGAUUUUUGUUUCUUUUGUGUGUGAGACAUUGAAAGCUGAGCAAGCAGCAGAAGACCAUAUCAGACAGUUUAUGCCAAAGUUAGCUGGGGUAGAUGCUGUUGUUAACAUCGGCCCAAUGAACAUUACAAGGUUGGACUUUGAAGAAGAGGAGCCAGAGUGCCAGACGCUAUCCAAAUAAAAAAGGAAGAGCCGGACCGUGGGCUGGAUAUUUGAUCCUUUGAAUAUAUUAAUAUCCUUGUUUAUUCUAACUUUUAUUGUUAAACCCGACAAGGUGAAAUCAAUAUGAUGCAUGCAGUAAUAAACUGCAUUUGUA